AUGACGGACAUCACCCCAGACUUCAACUCAUCACUCAAGGAAAAGGGUGCCCAACCCGUCGUUAAGAAGGAUUACGACAUCCAGACCAUCAAUUCAUUCUUGCAGGAAGCCUAUAACAUUAACGCACGAAUAGCAGACCUCACUUGCGAACUCCGAUCGAUCAGACCCGCCUACCUCUCCGCCGCCCAGCCCUCGCGAAGACGUCAAAUCGGCAGUGAAAGCAACGACCGCGCAAGACCACUCUCAGACAGCGAACGAGAUGCCAUCGAUGCUCAAUCGAAACUCCUACUACGCCAGCUGAACGGAGCCAUAACAGGGCUCAAACAGGUGGAAGAUAUACGAAACCAGGCUGCAGAUUCCGUGGCCUUGUCGAAGCGUGCGCGGAGUGGACUAGGUGCGAUUUCACGAUGGGCUGCGGGGGGGACGGAGACUUCGAAGUCGCCUGAAGAGGAAAGGGACGAGGCGGCUAGGAAGACGAUCACUGCGGUGAGGGAGAGCAUCAUACUGUUCCUGCAACGAAAGCUGGAAGAAGCGGGCAGAGUGCAGAGCGAGAUGAUGGAUGUGCGACUCAGCAGGGAGGUAGAGAAGACAAAGUCGAUACUCGCCAAAUCGCCCAUCAGCGGCGGUGUUCCCCGCGCUCAGGACGAGGACGAUGACCUCGCACCACAAUCAGCCAGCUCUACAAAACGCAAGCGCUUCUCCGCCGAACUCGCCAAUGGAUCCCUCGACGCCCCAGCCAGGCAAGAACUCACGCAAGAACAACUCCAAAUGUUCGCGGAAGAGAACUCCGAACUCCUGAAACACUACGAGGACCAGCUCGACCAGGUCCGCACCGCCGAACGUAGCAUCCUCGAAAUCAGCGAACUGCACAGCACCCUCCACGCCAACCUCACGCAACAGAGCGAACAGAUCGAGCAGCUCGUGCAGGACUCCUUCUCCACGACCGAGAACUUGGGCAGAGGGAACAAGGAACUCAAGCGCGCGAGUGAGAGGCGCAGUACGGCUCAGGCGGUCUUCUAUUCGACCAUCGCUUUCUGCUCGUUCUUGGUGGUGUGGGAUCUAGUCUUUUGA